CCCAGGGCCAGUCAGACUUGCUCUGCUCCUGUAUAUUUUAUAGCACACAUUAUUUUAUAGCGUCUCGCAGGCCGAGAACACGCAUCAUUAUCCCUUCUUGAAGUUCAUCCUACAAACUGCAUUAACGAGCGUUAUGGUCUUCCUUGCGCGAAAUGUCGUCCGAGUCUUCCCGGUUAUCGUUUUGGCUAUCCUGAAAGCGCUGUCCAUAUCUGCCCGCCCAGUUUCAGAGGAUUCUUCGAAUUCUGCGAAUGCGCGAGGUUACUCUGAACAUGUCCCCCCGAUAGGCUCUGAUACAUUCAAUCCUGGAACACUCUCUCAUCCCGCCACAAUCGCGGUCGAUCCAUUCGAAGCAAUCUUGGAUGAAUCGGGGCUUGGGGCACUUGAUGGACAUGAUGAAGAAUCUAGUAAUACUGACGAGGGAGAAGGGCCACUAGAUGAAAUCGCCCACCUGAAGGUGAGAACCGAGAAGUCAGUAGCUUUCAAGGCGUAACUAGCCUCUCCUAGGCAGAUCGUAGACGAAUGAAGACAGUCGUUCCUUCCAUACUAUGGUAUACAUGAACAUCUUGUCCUCAUCCGUGCAG